GGAGGGGGGAGGGAGGUGUCAACGAACGGAGACGGAGAGAGGGAGGCUGAGGCCAAACAAUCCCGUUCUUAUGAAAGCUCAGCCAAACGGAGUAGAUUACGAGAACAGGUUUUCAUGUUUCCCUGCCUCUAGCCUAACGUUUCGCCGGGUAGGGACAAGGAGGAGUUAAAACUGAUUUGGCGAAGGACCGGGGGUAACUUAAGACGUUUGGGAAGGGGAUUUACCCAAGCACUCUGUGGGUUGUCGGCUGCUGGGAACACAGCUCUGUCUCCGUGCACUGUUCGCGAAAACUUUGCAUCACGUAAUAACUUUUCCUUGUAAGAUAAAGCGGCGAUUCCGCACGGCGCAGCUCAUUUUACUACGACCUGAUUGCAAAGGUAUCCCAGCGGAAACGGGGACUACCUAUCUGAUCCAACCAGGGAUAACAAAAGGAAAGGUCGGCAGACAGUGUAACAGGUAUCCCUGAAAAAAGAACUUCACCACUUUUCGGCUCCGAGGAAACCACACAAAACUGUCCAACAAAAUGUCCAAAGCCAACAUGACGGGGACUUACCACAUGGUAUCUCAAGACAACAUGGAUUCGUAUCUCGCAGCUCUGGACGUGAACUUUGCCCUGAGGAAGGUGGUGUGCAUGCUGAAGCCCACCAAGCAGAUAGCACACGACCCCAGCACGGGUCACAUGACCAUCAAGACCAUCACCACCUUCAAGAACUUCAACAUGGACUUCUACAUGGGCAAGGAGUUCACCGAGGACCUAGAGGCCGUCGACGGACGCAAGUGCCAGACGACGGUGGACUGGCAGGGGGAUAAGCUGGUGUGCGUGCAGAAGGGGGAGAAGCAGGGCCGCGGGUGGACACACUGGCUGGACGGCAACCAGCUGCAUCUGGAACUCAGAGCACAGGGGGUGACUGCCAAGCAAGUCUUUAAGAAGGCUGACUGAAUAUAAAGUGGAGUGGAGUGGAGUGGGGGGUUGUGGGAGGUGGGGUCGGGAAGGGGUCAUGGCCGAGCCGUCGCCUGGCAACCACGCCAGUGCUACCCCAGAGACUGGUGGCUUUCCUGCCAAAAGUGUUGAGGAGAUAGUGCUAUCCUUUUAGUUGUUUUUGUUUGUUUGUCUGUUUGUGUUCAGUUUUAAACCAAGGCAAAGAAUGUACCCUUCUUCUUCUCCUGGUGCCAAGUGUAGGCCAGCGUGUAUCGUCUCCUCUAUUGCUCAGCUCUGCCCCUCUGUGGGGUAAAUCUGAUUUAUGGAAAGAAGUAAAACGUUUCAGUCUUACCUGCUCUGUUUCAAAAGAACCCUGCCGUUUUAUGGAACAGCCCUGAGGUGCGUUUCUCGAACAGUGUUGUUGCUAACUAAGUUAGCAACUUACUUGGAUGUAAUUUUCCGUCGGCAACCUACAAAGUUGCUAGCUGGUUACAAACGAUGCUUUCAAGAAACGAUGCCCAGGCCCAGACAUUUGCAGGUAUCUACAUACAGUACAGUAUGUGGAUGGUCGUGUCUCCCUGGUCUGAUGGGCUGGCAUACGAGACAGAAACAGGAAGUAGAUCCAAAUGAAUCAUGUCUGAUUCCUCCCACCCUCAGCAAGGGGCCUGUGCAGUGGUGUGCCUAGUUUUCAUGCAUGCAAAUAUACUGUUACAACAACA